GAAGAAGAAGAGGAAGACACGCUGCCAGGUGGACAGGUUAUCAGACUCAGAGCUGUGUGUUAAUGAAGAGCUGUCUCUCUUUACCAGCUCAGUUUGUAUAUAGUGUAUUAAACGUUAGUGUCGUGAUGUCGGGAGCUUUAGCUCGGCUGCUGUUCUACCCGACGUUAGUCUAUAAUGUCGUCAUGGAGAAGAUGACGAACAGACGCUGGUUUGACCGAGUUGACCAGACGGUGAUCCUCGGAGCGCUGCCCUUCAGGUCCAUCACCAAACAGCUGGUAGAAACAGAAAAUGUUCGAGGCGUUAUCACCUUGAAUGAGGAAUAUGAGACCAAAUAUUUCUGCAACUCAUCCGAGGAGUGGCGGGCUGUAGGAGUGGAGCAGCUGAGGUUGAGCACGGUUGACAUCACCGGCGUCCCGACCCUGGAGAACCUGCAUCGAGGGGUGGACUUCGCCCUGCAGCACCGAGAGAAGGGAAACAGCGUGUACGUCCACUGCAAGGCCGGACGCUGCCGCAGCGCCACAGUGGUGGCUGCGUAUCUCAUUCGGUUACACUGCGUGACUCCAGAGGAAGCCUGUCAAAAGCUGGCGUCUAUUCGGCCUCACAUCCUGGUGCGCUCCGCUCAGCUGGAGAUGCUGAGGAAAUACCACCGGCAGGUGUGUGGACAGUCCAGCUGAGAGAGCAGGACGGCGGGUCCGACCUCACGAUGUCCCUAUGGCUGAUGGAAGACUGGACUCAGAGUUUUUACUGGGAAAUGGUUUAAAAAAAGCUUUAUAUUCUCAUGGAUUUUUUUAUAACCCUUAUCACAUAAAACCUUGAACUCCCUGACUACCUGGUUUCUUGCUUGUGGCUGAAACAUGUAAAAGAAAUGUAAAUACAAAAAAAAUUCCAAUAUCUGAACAGUCGCUUGUUUGGGUUUCUGUAACCUGUCAUCCUGUUUCAGCCAAAAAUACAGUCAGAUUCCUAAAACAAGCCAACAAUACAAUACUGUUUGUUUAUGACUGUAAUAAAAACACUUCAC